CAGACACACACACAACAAAAGAACCUAACAAAAUAACAAACCAAACACACAAACAAAGGUUUGGUUUCACAUCUCAUAUGAACACAGAUUCCUGUUUUCAACACAACAACCUCUUUCCCUUUGGGACCCACCACCACAAUAAAUUCAGAAUUCAGAUAAGCAAAAAUUAAAUUAAUAAUACAAUUAAGAAGAAAAAACUUGUUGAUAUUUAUAUUGAUAUAUUAUAAUAAUUAAUUAAUUAAUUGAUAAAAGAAUAGUAAAAGGAAGGAAGAAGAAAAGAAAUGGAGGAAACAGCAACAGUACCAAAGUCUCUGAUGGAGAAUUUGUUAGGUCUUUUGAGGAUUCGUGUGAAGCGUGGUGUUAAUCUUGCUGUUCGUGAUGUUCGUAGCAGCGAUCCUUAUCUUGUCAUCAAGAUGUAUAAUCAGAAACUUAAGACUCGUGUGAUUAAAAAGGAUGUUAAUCCUGAGUGGAAUGAAGACCUUACUUUGUCUAUUAUAGAUCCUAAUCACCAAGUUUCAUUGACUGUAUAUGAUCAUGACACAUUUAGCAAAGAUGACAAAAUGGGAGAUGCGGAUUUCGACAUCUCGGCCUAUAUAGAAGCCCUGAGGAUGAACGUAACCGGACUUGCCAAUGGCACCGUACUCAAAAGAAUACAACCAAGCAACCAAAACUGUCUCGCCGACGAGAGCUGUAUUUAUUAUACGAACGGCAAAAUUAUCCAAGAUAUGAUCCUUAGAUUACAAAAUGUCGAAUGCGGCGAAGUCGAAAUCAGUUUGCACUGGAUUGAUCUUCCUGGUUCUAAGGGUUUAUAAUCUUAUGUUAUGUUUAUUUAAUAGCAACUUCAUAUAUAUAAACAUAACUUAUUUCUUCAACUAUAUAUUGUUUUGUGAAGUUUGGUCAGUUUCUGAACUUGAAGUUAUUCAAGUCUUUCUUAUUGUAUUCAGUUUGUAAUGAAUUUAGUACAGUUGAGAAAUUUCUUUUUUUCAUGCUUAGAAA